CAGAAAGGGAAUAGAAAGAUUGCAUUAAAUAAGAUCACAGCAUGGCUGCAAAGACAUACCUGAUCAUUCUAACAUUUCUACCUGUCGUUCUCCUGGAACAGCCACAAAAUGUUUUUGUGAAGCAUGAAAAGGCACACAGCGUAUUGGGGAGGUUCAAGCGUGCAAAUUCAGGUUUUGAAGAGUUUAAAAAGGGAAAUCUGGAAAGAGAGUGCCGUGAGGAAACCUGCAGCUACGAGGAAGCUCGGGAGAUCUUUGAGAAUGAUGAUAAAACUCGAGAAUUCUGGAACAAAUAUGUUGAUGGAGACCAGUGUGAUCCUAAUCCUUGUUCUUAUGGUGGGUCGUGCAAAGAUGGAAUUAAUGAAUUCACAUGUCUCUGCAUUGCGGGCUUUGAGGGCAAAAAAUGUGAAACAGUUAUCCUAAAAAUGUGCAGCCUAAAUAAUGGUGGCUGUGAACAAUACUGCAAAGUGGAAAAUAAAGAGGUGGUCUGUUCGUGUACCACUGGAUACAGCCUAGCAGAUGAUGGCAAAUCCUGCGUUUCAAGCGAGAGCUAUCCCUGUGGGAAGAGAGCAGCAGCAUUGAGAUCCAAGAGGUCAGUCUCUGAGGAAGUGGAAAAGGAUGGUGCUCCUAAAGUAAACAAUACUGUGAAUCCUACUGACUCUACAUCACCAAACAGCAGCAACCAAAAAGAAACAGCUGCCUCUUCUGAAAUUGAUCUGGAGUAUGACUCAAAUGGAAGAAUUGUGGGUGGAAGAGAUUGCAAACGUGGUGAAUGUCCAUGGCAGGCUCUCUUGAUAAGUGAUGAAAAUGAGCCUUUUUGUGGUGGAACAAUCCUGUCCAGCCAGUUUAUCCUCACUGCAGCUCACUGUAUGAAUCAGACCAAAUUCUUCAAAGUUGUUGUUGGAGAGGUUAACACACAAAAGAAUGAUGGCACUGAAUCUACCCACAAGGUUGACAAGUUUAUUUUUCAUCCGAAGUUUGUUCGAGCCACCUAUGAUUUUGAUAUUGCUGUAGUGAAGCUUAAAGAAGCCAUUAACUUCACCGAUAAUGUCAUUCCGGCCUGCAUUCCCGAUCCGGACUUUGCAGAUGAAGUUCUGAUGAACGAGAGGCAGGCAAUGGUGAGCGGAUUUGGACGACUUUUUGAACGAGGGGUUCAGGCUACAAAGCUUCAGAUGCUCAAUGUUCCUUACGUUAACAGGCAGAUUUGCAAAGAGUCUAGUAAUUUCAAAAUCACAGAAAACAUGUUCUGUGCUGGCUACGACAAGGAGGUGAAAGAUGCGUGUCAGGGAGACAGCGGGGGCCCGCACGUCACACCCUACAAAGACACAUACUUUGUGACUGGAAUCGUUAGCUGGGGAGAGGGCUGUGCACAGCAAGGCAAGUAUGGGGUCUACACCAAAGUAUCCAGAUUACAUAAAUGGCUUAAAGGGGUAUUGAGAAGACACCAGUAAC